CCACUGACAUACCCACUAUAUUAAUUUCUAUUCUGUUAGCAGAUGUUCUGUAUACGUUAUUUUUUUUUGUCAGAAUUUACAUGAGAUGUACAUGAGAAUUCCAAGCGUUUAAGAGCUGUUUGCCAGCAGACAUUACUCUAUUAUUACGAUGGAAGCACCUUUGAACAAGCGUAUAGUUCAAUUAACAGGUUUCAGAGAUGCAGAGAAAGAUGCACUAAUUGAACAACUCUUCAAGCUUGAUUGCAUAUUUAUUGACUCUGAGAUAUUUGCCAACUGCACUCACCUUAUUGCCAAGAAACCAUGCAGAAGUGAAAAGUGGUUAGCAGCAUGUGCAACAGGAAAGUGGGUCCUGACUAAAGACUACAUAAUUAAGAGUGUUGAAAGUGGCAGAUGGCUUGAUGAAAUCACUUAUGAAUGGGGAUAUAACAUUGAAAAAGAUUCCCAUUAUUCACCUCAGAUGCAAUCUGCACCAAAAAGAUGGCGUGAACAGUUGACAUGCUCUGGUGCUCUAGGGGCCUUCAGCAGAUGGAAAGUUGUCCUCCUUUUUAAGGAUGGUCGUAAAGAAAGGGAGGCUUUCAUCAGAGUUUUGAAGGCUGGACAGGCAAAUAUAUGCAACCUACAAGAUUCUAAUGAAGAAAUUACACAUGUUUUUACCAGCAAUAAAGGUUUAUGUACAGGCAUCUAUAAUAAAUUGUUUAAAGGAAUCUAUCAUUCUGUACAGUACCUUGGGAAAUAUCUCUUGGAGGAGCCAAUAGUACAAAUACCAGAAGAGGUUCAAGCCAUCGAAAGUUUUCAAACUAAUGAUCAAGAAACCUGUAAAGAAAAUCUGACAGAUAAACAGUUUGCUGACAUCAGGCAUUCAAUAUGGAAGCACUUUUGUUACACUCAGGCCAUUUAUCAUAAAUGUAUUAAACAGGAUGUUAUGGGGCAAAAUAAAUUUAAGAUGAAACCUUUUAAUAGGAGCCAAGUAACGUUAAACAGGAUUGAAUGUUUACUAGAUGGCCAGUUCUUGGCUGAAACAUUUGAAGAACUUCAUCGUCUUUUACCCGUUGUGCCACCUGUGCAUUUUAUUCAAAUUCUUCUAAAGCACUUGAUACAGGGGAAUGUCGUAAAAAACUGCUUUGGACGUUUUUUUGAUAUAUUAUAUUCAUUACUGAAAAAUCAUCCUCCAUGGGAAUCUCCACACAUGUUGCAAUAUUACCUUGAUUUUCUUCAGUGUCCCAUUUGUAAUAAAGGCUCAUGGUCUUUUAUUGAAAUGCUAAUUAGGUCGUGUUUUGAUGAAAAACUUUGCUUGUGCCAUCAGUCUUCAGGUCUGGAAAUAGAUCCUGAUAACUGCAGAGCAAUGCUUUCAGCUCUCCUAAAAUUCAUUGCUUGUGUAAUGCAAGAAGAGGCAAAAGCAUUGAGCUUACGACUUUGUGAAAACAUAGAUUUUCACCACCAUAGAGCAUUACAUUCAUCAAUAAUAGUCAAUAUCUUUUGGUCGGAAAGCAGAACACAAAGGCUUUUAACCGAUGUAAUGAUUACUUUAACAGACUUUGUUUUGAGAGGCCAUAAAGACAUGUGUCGUAAAGAAAAUGUCUUUUUACAAGAAAUUGUAUAUUACUUGAAUGGAAUGCUUGGAUCAGCUGUAGAAUAUUGGAUACUUCUUGGCUUUUAUCUUGACAAAAAUAUGAUUCAUCAAGUGACCAACGAUCUGGCAUUCUAUAUUUGUGUUCCUUGUGAAGAUUUUUCACUGGAAGAAAAGCAAAAGUUCAUCUGCUCCAUAACGUCCCCUUGGCUUCAAAUGUUAGUUGCGGAAGCAGUCUUUAAAACCUUUUGUAUGACAAACAAGCUUCAACUUUCUUCUGAACCUUUAUCCUUAGAAAAAUUGAUCUGUAAAUACAUCCCAUCUUUAUGGCAAGUGGGAACAUGUGGCAAUGAAAAAGUGCAGAAAUUCAAAGGAAAAAGAAAAAUAGGACAGCGGCCUUGCCUGGAGUCUCAAAGGGCUUUACUGAUGCUAAAUGGUGAAAACCAGAACCCAGACGAAGUGCUGCUUGAUCUGCCAGUUUGUCCAAAACUGAGAAGAAGAACUGACGGAGGGUCUGUUUGCAGCAAAGAGAAUCUACCAGGCAUCAGGCAAAAUGCAAAAGGAGAGACAGCCCUACAUACAGCUUGCAUAAACAACAAAGUGAAGAAAUUGAUUCUGCUGCUCAGUUUGCCUGGAACUGACAUUAAUGUAAAAGACUAUGCUGGCUGGACGCCUUUGCAUGAAGCUUGUAACCAUGGUAGCACAGAAUGUGUCCAGGAAAUUUUACAGCGUUGUCCAGAAGUAGACUUGCUCAGUCAUGUGGAUGGUGUGACUCCCUUACAUGAUGCUCUUCGAAAUGGACAUGUGGAAAUUGGCAAAUUGCUCCUUCAAUAUGGGGGACCAGCAGUUUUACAAUGUAAGGACUCUGAUGGGAGAUUUCCACUUGAUUAUAUCACGUCAGCGCAACUAAAGAAAGAACUUUUUGAUAUUGUACAAAUAAAUGAAACUAUUGAAGAUUUUCAUAAACGUACAGCUCAAGAAUUUCACAACUUCAAAAUAGAGUUUAGUGCAUUUUUGCUCUCAAGAAUGUUGUUAAAUCUCUGUUCACUUUAUGUUUUGCCUUUAAGUUCAAUUGAUGCUAAGACUUGCAGAAAUGCAGCUAAUUUUAUUAGGUAUGCUAGGUCUAAAGAAACAACCAUUUCCUUCAACUGCUUGAUUGUAGAACGCUGUAUAGAAGAUUUUCUCACUAUGCAAAAAUUGUCUGACUUGCUUCAGGCAAUACCAGAGAGUGUUAGACACAGUGAUGGAUUUCUUGUACAGUUUCUACUUGCCACACUGCAAAACAUGAGCAGCUCAUCUUCACUAGUUAAAAUAGAGAGUGAAUAAUAAACUUUUAAUUAACAUUUUUAAAAAAUAUAUAUUCUUUACAGAAUACUGCAUAACAUUUGUUUUGCAAUCACCAGUUGUACUAUGACACUGAACUACAUCUAAAAUGUAUUCCUCGAUAAACAUGCAGAACUAUUGGCCCAAAAAGAAACACAAUAGUAAAAUAUACCUGAACUGAAUUGUCUCAGAUUAAACUGAUUUUGUUUUUACUGUCAUUCUAAUCUUAUACUAAGACAGAAGUGGGUUCUGUUUUGUUUUAGACCUAGCACAACUUUUCAUUUAUAAAAUAAACAGUUGGUAAAAAAUGAAUCCCUUUAAAGCAGAUGUCUGCCUCCAUUUUAAAAAGAUAUUUUAUUUCGAAGGUUGCAAAGAUUGUUGUAUCAAACUUUGUUGAAAGUAAUUUGACAAAGUAUAGUUAUGUGUGUUUAUCAAAAACGUAGGAGAUGGAAAUGCAGUGUUUUAUUAUGAUGUCAAGUGAAAAGGAUAAUGUCUUUAUCAGAAUUUAUCAGUAUUUUGCAUAUCCAUAGUUACAUAGAACUGUACAUAUUAGUAUUAAAAGGACACUAAACCCAAUUUUUUCUUUAAUGAUUCAGAUAGAGCAUGCCAUUUUAAGCAACUUUCUAAUG